GCACGCCCCGCGGAGGCCUGUCAUCUCCGGGGAAGGAUAAGGGAGGCAAGGUCGCAGGCCUCUUCUAGACUGAUGUCCAAGAUCGGCGCCUUGAUAGUCCCGAAGCAUGGAAGUCAUCCACGGCAGGCCCUGUUACUGCAGGGAGCUUGAAAGAGAGGGCCUGCUGUCAGACACCUAUUGCUCUAAUGAAAUACACACGCCACUACAAACACCUGUUCGCCCAACUGCCUCCGACGACAGGUACCAGGAAUUCAAGGAGUCGCUCCAACAGUGCAGGCUCCCCUGGGGUGGCGAGAGGGAAUGUGGCAGAAUUAUACCAAUUUCACUCUCCGAAGAACACAGGCCAAAAUGUGAACACCCUCGUUGCUUGGGUAAAGGACAUCGGCAUUAUGGAUUUAGUGGAGAAGCCUGGCCAAGAAAGCCUCCUUUUGAACAAUUAUAUUGUUUGACGCAAAACAGAAAAAAUGACAUCAUUAGAAAUGAUUGUUUGAGCCCCAAACCACCCAGUGCUAUGCUACAAGAAAUCUACUUCCCGUAUCCAAUUGAACACCCCUACCACACCCACAUCUCCCGGGAUGCCAUGUUCCCAACCUUCACAUCGCCCAAGGAACUCUACACUGGCAUUAAGGCCCGAAGCCAACAACCGUUCCCCCCAACCAUGCCAGCGAAGACUUACGAUUCAAUGGUCACUGCGAAGACAAAAGGUAACCCCUACAGACAUGAGCUGGUGGCAGUCCCCUCCGACUCCAAGAAGAAGGCCUUGACUUGGCCGGGUCAGCAUGUGUACUAUGAUAUUCCUAGAUGUGCUGAAAAAAAUAGGCCAGUGUUCUACCCCAAACCGCCUAAAACAUAUGCUCCCAACACGUCUUUAAGUCUGUGGGAUCCUAUCAACUCUCUGAAAGAAGCCAACAUACAACGGAACCUUGAGAGGUCCCACUGGGUCACUUCGUACACCCGUGAUUUCACAGGUCUGGGGCCCAUGGACCCCCUUGAACUGGAUGAUUACCAUGAAAAGGAGGUCGCCAAGUUAACGGGCCAGAUCGGCUUUGACCCGGAGCCUCAAGAAAAAUCCCAUCCUGUCCUAAAACCUGUCAGACCCUUGGAAGGACGCAUUGCCCGGCUGAUUAAUAACCAACGUCCUCUGGAGGCUACUGUCCAGGAAAAGCCACCUGCCUGCCCAGACUGCACCCCGACAGUUUUGUGCACUUUCCACACCUUCAUACCCAGUUCUGAAGAAAUGAGGGCACUUAAUAAUAACACACGGGGUGGUGUGACCUAUAAGGACCGAGACCUUCAGGAGAAGAUCAAAGAGCAAAACUUGCUAUCGACCUACACACUUCCAUCUUGUUACACAACAAAAGAGCCGACCAACCUUUAUGACAUAAAGUCAUUUCCAAAAAUCACAGACACUAAAAAGACAGAAGAUUUGUAUUUGAGACAGUUGGCAUUAAGACCCCAACCUAUGCCUUACUCGAAGGCAAACAAUUAUAUUCACUAUGAGCAUUUUAAAUCUGACCAAUAUACUAUGUGUCAAGAACCUGAUGACCUUAGGAAACCUGGCCUUUUACAAAAUAAACAAGGCACAGAAACUUUCACAGUAGAACAGUUUUGCGGCAAGCCAGAAGAACAUCAGUUGGCCUGGGACGUGGAAAACGAGGAAGAGUCACGACCUAUGCUAGGUUGGAUUCCUAGAACUGGAGUGGCCAAGCCACAGACCAACCUGCUGGACCUUAAGAACUCUUUUUCAAAAUCUGGUGUGCGAAAGCGUUUCCAUAAGUCCAUUAUAGAUGACCCUAAGGACCUCAGGGAUAAGGAGCACUCAGGGAUGAAGCACCAAUUCUAUGGCCAUAACUCCUAUUAUUUCUACAAUUAAGAUGUUCGUGCAUCCCCUCCACGCCCGUCCUCUUGCAAAAAAAGAAAAAAAAGUACAACAGAACUCCCAACUCGCCUUAAAGAUAAGACAUAACGCCCUUGUUAAUGAACUUUAUGUUUUCAGGAAUUUAAGGUAAGAGCUGGCCAGAGGAACCCAGAAAAGGUGGUGUUCCAACUUCUUAAAAAGUUUAACAAUCUGGCAAUAAAAUGUUAGAACUAGAAAAGAUAUUGUCUUUAAUCUCAUUUUCAAAUUAUACUCCAAAGAAAUUUUUCAAAACCAUGAAAAGUGAUGUGUGCAACAAAGCCGACAUCAUCAUUGUUGUACAAACUGAAAUGGGGGAGCCUUCAGUGCCCUGGUUAUGGUAUUGUACCAUGCGAAGGCAAGAUGCUGACUUUGUAGACAGCUGGGUAAAAGGUGUACAGAAUCUCUCAGAUCAUUUCUUACAAAUUAAUCGCAAAAGGAUUACAUGGCAAAAGAGAAAGUAUCUUUCCUCGAAUACUUUGCCUGAAAGGAGGAAAUGUUCUAUAUACAUAUUGUGUGUGUGUGUGUAAAGUCUGUGAAGCCUUCAUGAGCCAAUACAGUAUUUUCUUCUUCACAGCCUUUAUGAAACACACGCAUUCAUAAACAUCUGACUCAACAAAUUAACCUACUUAAUAUUUCUUAUUAAAGUACUCUGCAAGUUUAUAUAGCAAUAAAAUUAUACUUCAUUAUGACAAAAUGGGUGUGUUAAACAGUAAAUGCUAUCUAAUUAACAAUAUGUAAAUGUUACCAGAACUCCAGAUGCAGUUUAGGAGGUACAAUUCUGACUCUUUCAUCAUGUUUAAUACAAUGUUUCUUAUCCAUUCAAGUGAUAUCAACAAUAAACUACACAAAUGAAAGUUGUAAAAUCUAAUCUGUGGGAAAUCAGUGCUUGUCAGGUAGUUGGUGCUGGAGCAAUUGUGUAGUCAUAGGACUUCCCUUGGACUUUUGUUGCUGCACACACACACACACACACACUCAUACCAAAGAAACCCUCAAUUAAAAUUGAAUUCAGCAAGAUAGCAGGAUUUGAGGUAUGAGAUAAGCAUAAAAUCAAAUGUCCACACCACACCAUGGAGGAUGCUAAGAGAGAAAGAAAUGAGCAAAGGAUUUUAUUAUAUUUUUUCCUUCCAAUAUUGAAACUCUUGGUAAUUCAGAAGGGAACAUAAGCAGAAUGGUUUUAAGUUCCUUUUGAGAGCCAGACAAUCCUAGGAGGAACACUGCUUUUGACAUUACUUAAUGUGGUGCAGAUAAGUUACGUAAAAUGGGAACGAUGAUGGAUCGGUUCAGAGCACUAUUGUGAGGAUGAAAUAAGGCUAAAGAACUUAGUUCAAUACCUAGAAUAUAACAAGUGCUCAGUACAUGACUAGCUAUUUGUAUAAGUUACUCUUCAAGAAGGACUGAAUUAUCCAGCUAGGUAUAAUCCCUGUGGUGGACACUGUUGUCCCUGUCAAGCCUACAGCCCCUCAGAACACUGCGAUAGUCGACAGACCCCUCCCCUUACGACUUCAAGGUGAGAGCUGGCCAGAGGAACCCAGAAAAGGUGGUGUUCCAUGCCUGUGCUAUGGGAAGGCCAGAAGCGUGUGUUGGUAGCCAGCUCUGCAGCUAAAUUGCAGAGCUCCCAGAAGUGAAUUUGGAAACGGAGGUGGAGAGUGGGGAUUGUGAAGCAGUCAUUGAGUAAAACACACUGGAAACAUUUUGUUCUGACCAUGAGUCGGAAUU